GGUCUGUGGCCCUACAGUGCACCGGGCCUGUGGGGAAAAUAUGUAUGUAAAUGGCUACUGCUUUUUGUUGGACAAAAAUCUUCAAGAAAGGAACAUUUUCCAGAAUCAUUGCAAGAGUGCGCCCACCGUCCAACCGACAUUGCCUUCCUGAUUGAUGGCUCUUCCAGCAUCUGGGAAGAAGACUUUGAAAAGAUGAAGCAAUUUGUUUCUGAGCUCAUCAAGAAUCUCUCUGGCAAAGAUACAUUGUUUGCUCUCAUGCAGUUUUCAGGGGACUUCAGAGAACAUUUUAAUUUCAAAAGUCAAGACCGCUGCACACCUUAUAAUGGAAGUGAAGCAGCUGCAUGGAUAUACCAAACAGCCACAGGCAUCCGCAAAGUUGUGAGGGAACUAUUUAUUGCAGAAAAAGGAUCCCGGAAUGAGGCUAGAAAGAUCCUUAUUGUGAUAACCGAUGGAAGCAAGGUGAAUGAUGCUGCUGAGUAUUGGCAGGUGAUACCAGAAGCUGAACAAUCUGGGAUCAUCCGUUAUGCCAUUGGGGUUGGUGACGCGUUUUCAACAAUCGAAGUCCAGCAGGAACUGAAAGAAAUAGCUUCUGAGCCAGACGAUGAGCACGUUUUCAGAGUCAAUAAUUUUAAUGCUUUGAAAAGCAUCCAGGAUCAGUUACAGAACAAAAUCUUUGCAAUUGAAGGCACCCAGUUCCAGAGUAGCAGCUCCUUCCAGAUGGAAAUGUCCCAGGAAGGUUUGAGCGCCCUGCUGACCCCGCUAGGCCCUGUCGUUGGAGCUGUGGGAGCCUAUGAUUGGUCUGGAGGAUUACUUCUGUAUCAAACCAGCAACCGAGACCCAAAAUUUAUUAAUAUGUCCAGCACCUUCAAAGAUAUGAGUAAUUCCUAUCUUGCCUGUCCGGUUCCAUGGAGGAAUGGUCUGGUUGUGGGAGCUCCUCGCUAUAAUCACAUCGGCAAAGUCGUCUACUUUGAGAAUGAAGCCCUGAGUAGGGAAUGGCGGCUGAAGAUGGAGGCAGUCGGGGAACAGGUUGGUUCUUACUUUGGAGCAACUCUAUGCUCAGUGGACCUCAAUCAAGACACAAGCACAGAUUUAGUUCUGAUUGGAGCUCCCAUGUACUAUGAUGCCACUGCAGGAGGAAGGGUUCACAUCUGUCUUUUUAAGCAACACGCUUUGAAAGGAGAGCCAGGACAUCUGUUUGCGUUUGGGGCCAGCAUUGCAGAAGUGGGUGACAUCACUGGGGAUAAAUGGACAGAUGUAGCCAUUGGGGCUCCCUUGGAAGACGAGAACGCAGGAGCCGUGUACAUCUUUUCAGGGAACAGGGCAUCCAUCGAGCGGCAGUUAUGUUCAGGUGAGCUGACCCUCAGGCUUUGCUUGACCAAAGGGCCCUCUCUUCCUCUGGAACGCAUUGAGGGACUGAAGUUUUCUGGAAGGUUUUCUUAUUUCGGCCAAGCUAUCAGUGGAGGAAGAGAUCUUAGGGAUGGACUGAAGGAUAUCAUUGUGGGACAACAAGGAAGAGUUUUGUUGAUGAGGUCUCGUCCUGUUCUGCAAGUAAAGAUCUCCAUCAUCUUCCACCCACCUUCCAUCCCAACCUCAGUCCUCCAGUCACAGAGGCCAACAUCUCAGGAGAAAGUGACCAGCAUGGCAGAAGUGUGCUUUACCAUUUCGAAAGUCACUCAAGAUUUCCUAGAUGAAAUCCAUAGUGAGCUUUCCUACAACCUAACCCUGGAUUCUCACAGAAUAAAAGCACGAGCCUCCUUCACUUCUGAGUCUCCCACCCUGCAAGCAAACAUUUCACUUGGACUUGAGCAGAAGUGUCAGAAUCAUCAAAUUGAAGUAUCUAUUGGGGUUGAGGAUAUCGUGACCCCCGUCACUUUAAGGCUGAAUUAUAACCUCACAGGAAAGUCCAUCGCUAAAGUCCCAGAUCUACUGCCCAUCCUGAGCAAUGGUCAAAGCCAAACUAUACAGCCGAGCUCCCCUUUGAGAAGAACUGUGGGAAGGCUGGGCUAUGUGAAGACAUUUUGCAAACCGCGUUUAAUUUCUCAGGAGAAAGGCCUGCAAACUUUAGAUGUGGUGACUCUCGAGUUCACCGUAACAGCCUCCCUUCAGAAUCACGGGGAGGACUCCUACGGCAGCACUCUACACUUCUUCUACCCUGCAGGGCUGUCCUAUCGCAAAGUCACCUUGCUGCAACAGGCCAGCAGAAAUGUGGCGCGAGUCCAAUGCCGUUCAGCCCCUGCCCUGGAAGAAGAAGCCAGCCGCAAUGCCACCUGUAACAUCAACCACCCUAUUUUCUGGAGUGGGGCCGAGUUGAGGAGGACUGCAGAUGUACCCCUCUUACUCUCUCCAUCUUUGCAUGUUUCAGGCUGUUUGGUUGCCACUUUUGAUGUCUCCUCAGAUGCUAACCUAGGGGACACACUGAAGAUUGUGGCCAAAGCUGACAGUGACAAUGAGGGCAAGAGCACCAAGGACAUUAGUUAUGAAGCCACUUUGCCUGUCAGAUAUGCUGUAUCCCUCGUGAUCAACGUGGGCGAGGAAUCCACCAAGUAUACAAACUUCACCGUUGGCCAAGAAGACGCACGAAAGAGCAUUGAACACCGAUAUAAGGUGAAGAAUCUUCAUGAACGAAGCAUCCCUUUCACAGUGGCAUUUUGGAUCCCAGUAAAACUGAAAGGGAUCCCGCCUAAAGUGGCCACGUGUGUCUUGGAGAAAGAAACUUCAGGAUCUAAGGAUCUUCUGGCAGAUGAGGCACAGUUCCAGUUGGACUGUUCCAUUGCUUCUUGCAAAAUCAUCCACUGCACUGUUUUGUCACUGAAGAUACACAAAAGGCCACUGGAGUUCAGGAUCGAAGGAGACAUCAAUUUCAAGUGGACAUCGCAGAUCCAACAGAAGAAAAUUAUUUUGGUGAGCUCCGCACAGAUUUCUUAUAACAAGAGAAAAUACACACAGCCAGAGGGCUUUCCGGAAACUCAGGUGCAGACAGUGGUGGAGCGGAUCGAGAUCUACAACAGCCUCCCUGUUAUCAUCGGCAGCUCUUUUGGGGGCUUAAUCCUUCUAGCUCUGUCAACUGCAGCUUUGUAUAAGGUUGGGUUCUUCAAGCGUCAAUACAAGCAGAUGCUGGAGGAGGCCGAAGCUAAUAAUGACACCGUUGACCAACCCUCACAAGAUGUACAGUCGUCUCCUUCUAACAAUGACAAUGUUUCCUAA